UUUUAGAUAUUUAGAGCUUUAAGUUAGUAAACUUCGUUUGAAACAAGCAAUAUGUCUGCAAAUAAUAGCAACUGUCACUGCAUUCACGGAACAUGCUUGGAUGAAGUUGAUGGGAUUUGCGAGUGUUUUUCGGGGUUCGAAGGCGUGCACUGCGAGGAAACGUCCAUUUUAUUUUCAACCGGAUCAAAAGAAGGUCACGGACACCCAGAGUUGAUCGCAGCCAUCGUUGUUUCUUGUUUUCUUCUCAUUCUUCUCUUCAUUGCUGGUUACGUCAUCCACAAGAAGUGUAAACGUGUUCGAAGGGAAAGAAAACGAUUUCGAACAGUUCAGAUCGAAGACAAAAGAUCCUGUGAAAUUUACAGAGGUCCGCUUUCAUAUGACGACGUUAUAAGCCCAACGUAUAGCGAUACAAAGAGCAAAGGAAUCGUUACAGUCGCAUGAAUUUAGUUUAAAUAUCUUGCUUUCCAUUUCUGGUGUUGCUUCUUGCCCCAUCUAGCGGAGAAUAUUAUUGGUGGGAAAUGAAACCUCACCAUGUCUUGCUCUUUCAUUCUUUGUCCUUUCAUUCAUACGUUCCAGUUCAUUCAAUACCAUUUUCUUAUUAUUUAUUGUGUCAUUUUUAUUUUCGUAUAUUCUGCUUCAUUGCUGAAAGUUUCAUUUUAUAAUUAAAUCAAAAUAAAUAUA